GCGCUGCCCGAGGACGUCAUCUGCAAAGUGCACCUGAAGAGCUUCGUGGAGCAGCAGGGCUUGGUGGGCUACGACCCCAAUCUAGAUGUCCUUCUCGUGACGGAGGGGAAGCUGCGGUCCCUGGCUGAGCUGCAGCAAGCCGUUCUGCAGUGCGCGGGGAGCUGCUGCAGCAUCGUGCACGUGGUGAGCUGCGAGGAGGAAUUCCAGCAGCAGCAGCUGGAUCUGCUCUGGAGGAUUCUGGAUCCAGGAGCCCACACAGCUUUGCAGAAACACCUUGUCUGCGGGCCAGUGAAGGUGACAAACCCCUCAUCGCCCAUCGGGGCAGACCAGUACUUCCAGCUCCGAAAGCGCCAGAUGUACGAAGCCUCCGUGAUGAAGUACGGGGAGCUUGCGCAAGAUGAGGCCUGGACUGAGGUGAUCGAUACCCUGACAGCGGCUGCCAUCAGGUUUGAGCUGCUGAGCACUGCUCACCGGAGCCAGAUCACCCUGGACCUGGAGGACAGCAGCAUCUCCACGAAGGGAACCAAGAGCGGCGCCUUCGUGAUGUACAACUGCGCCCGGUUAGCCACGCUCUUCGACACCUUCCAGCGGGCUGUGGAGCGGGGCACGUACCCACCUCUGCCACCAGCGUCAGAACUGAACUUCUCCUGCCUCCGGGAAGAGGGCGAAUGGCUCCUGCUCUUCAACUAUCUCCUGCCCUUCCCUGAAGUCCUGCAGCAGGCAGCACAGCUGCCUGCACCCACCAAGGGGAUCCGGAUCACAGCCAACACGGAGACAGUCUGCAAGUUCCUGAUCCAGCUCAGCAUGGAUUUCAGCUCUUACUACAACCGCGUCCACAUCCUUGGGGAGCCGUUCCCUCACCUCUUUGACCAGAUGUUUGCCCGCCUCCAGCUGCUGGGAGCAGUGAGGAAUGUGUUCCACAGCGCGCUGGCGACUCUGCACCUCCCUCCUCUCAGCCAGAUCUGA